GCGGAGAUGGAAUUUCUCAGGCAGAAGAUGCAGAUGCAGGAGAAGGAAGUGGGAGUGAUGAUGAUGAGGAGAGAAGAAAAGAGGAACAGAGUUGGAAAAGCACCUCCAAUAUAUAGAGCAGUUCCCGGAUCCUCACCCGACUCAACAUCUUACCCAUUUCGCUCCUCUCGUCCUGUCAAACCACCGGAGCAAAGGGCCUUCCCACCAUCCGAGAUGGUGACACCUCCUCAGAUCCAUCCUUUCCCCCUCCACCCUGGUGGGAUGAUAUGAUUUGCCCCACUAGCGGGAGGUGAGGAUGAGCACAUGUUGCGAGUGCAGCGAGCCAGGCCUCGAGCCAAUCUAGUGGUGACCAAGUGGAGGGCACCAAAAGGGAUGGUCGGACCGGAGCAGGAUGGAGGACAAUUGUCUAUCUACAGUAUCCACCAGUUCUCUCCGCACGCGGGACACUCCUGACCAUAGGAGUAGUUGCUCCGGUGUACGGAGUACAGAUGUUC